UCAACUCACCUGGUGUCUUGGGUCUCAACUGGGUGCUGAUUUUAAGGUGAAAACAAAAACCAGCAGACCCUGUAGCUCUCCAGGACCAGGGUUGGAGAGCAAUGCCUUAAGCGGCGUUUCCCUUCUGAGUGGUGGAAUGUAGCGGAGGGAUGACUGCAGGGUGUGUAUUCUGCUGCAAGGAGAGGCAGUGGAUGGACAGCAGGGCGUGAGCGGGUGCAUGGACAGACAAAAGGAGGGACCCACAGGGACUCUGACUCUUGAGAACUGGGACUGGAGCCGGCUCAGGAGGAUGUAAACCACCUCACACCUCCAAGGCUACUCCCAACCCAGGACCUUCUGUCCCUCCCAGAUGCACAGGCGGCUGGUGAUUUGGGGGACGCAGGUCUUGUCUCCGUGGUGACGAGCUGAGUCAGCUGAUGUGGAGGGGACAAGACUGGAUCUGUGAGCUGGAAGACACGACAAAGCAACAGCACAAAUAACAGUAAUAAUAAUAACAAUAAUUUAAAAAAAAUAAUAAUAAAAAAAUGUUAAUAAUAAAUUUUAAAUGUAAAAUCUUCUUUAAAAUAAAAGCAAGGGCUGUCUGAAUCCACUGCGCUCUGUAACGGCUCUGGCCUGGAUGCUAUACACGAGCGGAUUUACAGUGACUCCAGGAUCCCUCUUCCUGCUCCUCUUUCGACGGUUUCUCAUUCAGCGUGUCCUUGGAUUUACCGAUCCUGCACUUCCUUGCACCUAGCCCUCUGGGUGUGCUUGCGUGCGUGUGCGUUUCUGUCUUCAUGUGCCUUUGUGUGUGUAUAUCUGUGUGUGAGCUGUUCUGUGUGUGUGUGUGUGUGUGAACAGGUUUGAGUGUGUGUGUUUUUAUGUACAUUUGAGCCCUUUUGCUUAUGUGUGAGAUUGCAUGAGCACAUCAGUGAGUGUGUUUUUUUUGUGUGAGAGAGACAUGCUCAGUGUUGCCAUUCUGCCCUGUGUAAUUAGUGCCCAGCUGGUGCCCAGUUUUGGGGUUGACCAGUGGUAAGGCGGCAAGAUGAGCGAGAUCUCUGGAGUGGCCAUUACUGGGACAAUGGUUCUGGAGGAACCAGAAGGGGGCGGGACCUCAGUGGGUGGGGAACAGGCCUCCGCCCCAGAGCCAGGGAACCUGCAUUGUGGAUCAGCCCUGUGGCCCCGCCCACAGACCUGGCUGUGUGUGGUCCCCCUUUUCAUUGGCUUCGUAGGCUUGGGGCUCAGCCUGAUGCUGCUGAAGUGGAUCGUGGUGGGGUCGGUGCAGGAUUACGUGCCAACAGACCUGGUGGAUGCCAAGGGGAUCGAGCAGGACCCCAUAUUUCUUUCCAAGCCCAGCACUAUCCCCAAAAACCCCCACACCACCACCUCCAGCGGCAGCCCCACAGUGAGGGUCCAAUCUCGGCCCGGUACUCAUCCCAGUGCAGUGCCAAACCUCGUACCGAGCCAUCGGACGCCGCACCUCCACAACCGAAUCAGCACCCGCCUCACGACUACCACCACCACCUGUUCGCCCCACUCGCAGCCGCCGGCUGGCCAAGAUGUCACCCCCCGCAGCACCACGGUGCGCCGCACCGGCCCUGGCAACGGCCGCAACAGCGCCCCCUCCUCCACCAGAGUGGCUCCACCCAGCUCCUCCCCCUCACCCUCCAACCACCCCUUCCUCCACGGCACCACCCGCACUUGGAACCGCGAUCGCUCCUCCAAAGGGCCGUCAGUCACGCCUACUCAACCGCACCUGCAUGUCAAGACAGUGGCUCCUACCUCUCCAUCCUUGCAUUCUGAACACUUCAAACCCUGCAAAGACAAAGACCUGGCAUACUGCUUGAAUGAUGGGGAGUGUUUCGUCAUCCAGACUAUGACGGGCUCAAACAAACACUGCAGGUGUAAAGAAGGAUAUCAAGGCAUUCGCUGCAAUCACUUUCUUCCAAAGACAGACUCCAUUUUGUCAGACCCCGCGGAACACCUGGGCAUUGAGUUUAUGGAAAGUAAAGAAGUGUACAAGAGACAGGUCCUCUCCAUCUCUUGCAUUGCCAUUGGAAUCAGUCUGCUUGGAACACUCUGUAUGGCGUUCUACUGCCAGAAUAUGAGGCGAAGGGAAAAGCUACAGGCCCAUCUGAAGCACGACAAAGAUCCUGGGUCCUCCCCUCCACGUGGGGGUGCUGUCUGUGGCUCAGGCUUCCCGCAGAAUUGCCCCGCUCCUCCCACUUACCCAAAAGCCCUACCUACCAAGAAACAAAGCAGGAGCAGCUCCUUAUCUAAUAGAUCUGGCCAGAGAAACAGAGUAACCCAUCAUCAAACUGCAUCUCGAAGAACCCCACCCAUCUCUAGAGGACGGCUGAAUCCAAUUGGAGGAUUCAGAGAUUCUAGCCAUGCCUACCAACACUUGCAGGAGGUGGAGGACUCAGAGAAGGAAGUGCCAUCUUUGACAGUACAUAACUACAGAAAAGCUGAAAGUGAUAAUGUCCAGGAUGGGAAUUUUGAUGUGCAGCAAGGAGGUAGGGGGUUGGACAGGUGGGCGGACAUGGGGGUGCAAUUCAACCAUCUGGAACGGGCCACCCUUCUCCACCAGGCACCCCCACUUUCUCUCCGCACCUGCUCUGUUCCAAUCAUCCCCUCUUUCCAGGGGCAAGACGUCAUUUCCUAUAUUCAAGAGAAUAGCCUAGGAGAAGAGGGUAAGACCAACCCCCGAGGGACAUGCCCACCAGCUGCCCCCAGUGUGACAGGCUCUGGAGGCCAGGCGGAGGGGCCAGGAGAAGCCCUGCCCCAAGCUAACAGGAAGCAGGAGGACAAGACUGACAGCUUCCUGACACCUGCUAGGGGCAGAGCUGAGGGGCCCAAAAUGAACUUUCCAGAAGUGGAUUAGAGGAUUGUUCUGGUCCUGUAGAACACUGCAGAGACUGCUCCCAGCCUUAUCAGUGAAAAAAAAAGUUAUUACACAGCACACACAGAAGGGACAAGACAACAAACUGUGAAAACAAACAUUUAAAAACAGUGAAAUAAAUAAAGACACAAAAACAAAUAAUAUAGGUGGAAAUAUUAGGUGGAAAAACUCGCAGAUUAAAAGGACGGUGUUCAGUUCAAAAACAUAUUUACAAGAGGGAUAAAGUAUUUAUAUGCAUUUAUUGAAAUGGGAAGCUUCAAACAUAGAAGGAAAACCAAAUAGUCUGUGAUUUCUAUGGUGUUUUUAAUUGUAAAAAUAUAUAUAAAAUAACAAGGUAAAAUAAACAUGAGGAAUAUGA